AUGUCAAACCCACUCGCCAGCGCCAAGAUCGUCCUCCGCCGCUCCAGCGAGCGCGGAUAUGCCGAGCAUGGCGGCUGGCUCAAGAGCUUUCACACCUUCAGCUUCGCCGGCUACCAUGACCACAAAUUCAUGCAAUUUGGAAGUCUCCGGGUUCUAAAUGAAGAUCGCGUUGCCGCGCGAAAUGGCUUCCCGACGCAUCCUCAUCGUGAUGCAGAGAUCUUCAGCUACAUCCUUAGUGGAGAGCUCACGCACCGCGACAGCAUGAUUAAGAAGGGUGCCGAAGGUGCGCAAGGAAAAGAGUUCUAUCGCAUGAAGCGGGGCGAUGUGCAGUUCACUACUGGCGGAACGGGCAUUGCCCACUCGGAGCAGAAUGAGUCCAACAAGCCGGUCCACUUUCUCCAAAUCUGGGCCCUUCCUUGGAAACACGGCCUCAAGCCCCAGUACCACACGAAGAGCUUCAGCGAGGAAGCUAAGCGCAAAGACUUCGUUCCUAUCCUGUCGCCACUCGCCGCCGGCCCUGAAGCCACACCCGCACAGGAAGAUGCUGCGAUGCCAAAAAUUGCUGACACGAUUCCCAUUCACGCAGACUUUGUCAUGGGUGCUGGUAUUAUUGAGCCCAACAACACAUUCAAGUGGAGCGUUGGCGCAGGCGGAGUCGUCAGUUCGAGGAAGAUGCGCAAGGUUUACAUUCAUCUGCCUAUGACCAAGCAGGGUAUGUCUAAGAUCAAACUCGACGGUCGCGAGGAUGCCAUUUUAGAGGAGGGAGACGGUGCCUUUGUUACCCAGGUCAACGUGGGCGAUAUGCUCCGUGUGGAGAGUAUUGGGCAAGCCGAUGCGGAGGUGAUUGUGCUCGACAGUGAUUGA